CCAACCCCUUUUCAGCCAAACCCUACUACCCUCCCUUUGAAAGUUCCUUGUCCUUCAUUCCUUUCUUUUUCUUAUUACUUUUUUUUUUAUUAUUUUUUUUAAUUUUUUUUUAUUUUCUUACUUUCUUUCAUUAUUAUUCAAAAACUAGCUAGUUUACAAAUUAAAAACAACAAAAAAUAAAUAAAUACUUAGAGAGAGAAAAUGGGGAGAGGAAAAAUAGAAAUAAAGAGGAUAGAAAACUCAACAAAUAGGCAAGUAACAUUCUCAAAGAGAAGAAAUGGAAUUAUAAAAAAAGCUACUGAAAUUACUGUUCUUUGUGAUGCUAAGGUUUCUGUUGUAAUCUUUGCUAACAAUGGCAAAAUGCAUGCUUACCAUAGCCCUUCUACCACGUUGGAACAUAUACUGGAUAAAUACCAGGAAUUUUCCGGGGCGAAGCUGUGGGAUGCUAAGCAUGAGAAUCUCAAAAAUGAGAUAGAUAGAGUCAAGAAAGAAAAUGAUGACAUGCGGAUUGAACUCAGGCACUUGAAUGGAGAGGACAUUGGAUCUUUACAAUACCCAGAUUUGAUUCGCCUCGAAGAAGCUCUGGAUAUUGGCACUGCUAGAGUUAAUGACAGGAAGAUAGAAAUUUAUACAAUGCACAAAAAUAAUACAUCGAUGCUUGAGGAGGAAGAGAAACAGCUCACUUACAUGUUGAACAAGCAAGAAAAUGAAAUGAUGGAUGGUGGUGUUCGCCAUGCUCCACAAGAGAGGGACUUCCAUUAUCAGAUUCCUUAUGGUUAUCGAUUGCAACCAAACCUACAAGAAAGGAUAUAGAUGAUCUGAUGUUCGGAAAAAUGCUGCUAUCGAUGGCAGCUUAGCUUGCAUAGCUAGCUAGUUACUAUAUAUACUUCUCCGGCCAUACCAUAUAUACCCGGAACAAGAUCCUAGCUAGCUAGCUACAAGCGUGUGUGUGUUGUAAUAAUUGAAGGCUAUCAUCAUUGCCUUGAUACUAUGUAUUUGUGUGGGUGUAUCGUGUAUGUGUGUGCUUGUUAUAUAUAUCAAUAGCUUGUUUGUUCGUUCCAAAAAUCUAAGAACCUAAUAAGAUAAUUAAGCAAAUGAAUUGUGGUUAUGUAA